AUGACGUUGGUGCUCGGUAACGAGACAACCGCAUUUGAAGGCAGGAUCUUCGUUCGAGGACAAGCCGAAAAUCCGUACUGUGCAAAGACGUUCUCGCCUUUGCAGCACGCCUCCAAACCGUACAUGUUCAAAGUUCCAUUCGAGCAUUGCAACGUUCGAUUGGAAGAUCAUGACACCUUCGCAACCACUGUCAUAGUUCAAAAACAUCCGAUGUUCAUCACAACGGCUGCCGACGCCUACGACCUCCGAUGCACAUAUCCCGUUGGAGUUCGAGAGGUGGAGUCGAACGUGAACGUCUCUGACUUGACGACGUCUUCAACACUUACCGACAACGCUCACGGUCCCAGCUGUCGCCUUACUGUCACCAACGAGGCUGACGAGAGCAUCGCUGCCGCCGUUGUUGGGCAGGCUCUACGCCUUCAAACCUACUCGAUCCUGCCUCGUAACUGCUUUGCCAUUAAUAUCGAAACCGGUGAGCGGUAUUCACUGACCGACAAGGCUGGUUGCGCAAUUGAUGACCAACUAUUCCCUGAAUGGACGAAAAUUCGACCGAGCUUGACUGAAGCUGUCUUCAGGACUUCAAUGGCCCGACAGAUCGAUGAUUCGCUUCCAAUGAACUGUGGCCGUCGACGAGAAGCAGCGAUGAGGCGCUUCCGCUUCCGACGUGUUCGUGACAUCAAAAAUGGAACAAUUAUCGAGAGCGCUACCGAUUCCGACUACGACGAAGACGAGGAGGAGAACGAACUUCUCAAGAAGAUUAUCGAUCCGAAACGAUUAGCAUUCUCAUCGUUGGUGAGAGUCCGUGAAGAUGAAGAAGAGGAACGAGCCCAACAGCAAGUUGAUCACUGGAGGAAC